AUGCGUCAGUUCGAUCAUCCUCACAUCGUGAAGCUCAUUGGAGUUAUUACAGAAAACCCAGUUUGGAUAAUCAUGGAGCUCUGUACACUUGGAGAGUUGAGAUCGUUUUUGCAAGUAAGAAAAUACAGCUUGGAUCUGGCCUCUUUGAUACUCUACGCUUACCAGCUUAGCACGGCUCUUGCCUACUUAGAGAGCAAAAGAUUUGUACAUAGGGAUAUUGCUGCUAGAAACGUGCUGGUAUCUGCCACUGACUGUGUGAAAUUAGGUGACUUUGGUUUAUCCCGAUACAUGGAAGACAGUACUUACUAUAAAGCUUCCAAAGGAAAAUUGCCAAUCAAAUGGAUGGCUCCCGAGUCAAUCAACUUCCGACGGUUUACCUCAGCUAGCGAUGUGUGGAUGUUUGGUGUGUGCAUGUGGGAGAUCCUAAUGCACGGGGUAAAGCCCUUCCAGGGAGUGAAGAACAAUGAUGUGAUUGGGCGGAUUGAGAACGGUGAGCGGCUCCCAAUGCCUCCCAACUGCCCUCCUACCCUCUACAGCCUUAUGACCAAGUGCUGGGCGUACGACCCUAGCAGACGACCCAGGUUUACUGAACUUAAAGCACAACUCAG